AUGGUCCUCAGGAAAAGAGAGAUGAAAGCCUUUAUACGGGGAGCAGCAGUCGUUGGAGCCCUUUUACUCAUCAUCUGCAUGAAAGUGACUUGGAGAAUAAGUACGUCUGCUAAAGAGAAAGCCGCUGAUGAAGAUUAUGUGAGGACCAAUCUGGAAAGGAUUGAACAGAACCUCAACAAACUGAGUGAGUAUGAGCAGCAACCUAAGGACGAGCCAGCACUGCAGUACCUGGACAGACGUUUUUGCUGUUAUUACUUUGGAUCAAAGUUGAUAGAAUCAUCCAGUCACUCCGGCUCCCCAACCGGACGGCUUCCCAUUGUGAAGCAAAAAGUGGAACAAAAAACAGAACAAAAAGUGGUGCUGGUGCCGGUGCCGGUGCCAAAAUUAUACCCACAGUCACCCCUGUUUGCCAGGUGGGGGGGAAACCUGUCAGAGGUGGAGCAGACUCAGGCAGAAACCCUGUUUCAGAAAUAUGGAUACAACGUCUUCCUGAGUGACCGGCUGCCUUUAAACAGAGAGAUUCCAGAUACAAGAGACAAAAGAUGUCUACAGAAGCAGUACCCCAAUGACCUGCCAGAGCUGGGAGUGGUGCUCAUCUACCUUGACGAGGCUCUUUCGGUCAUUCAAAGGGCCAUUCGAACCAUCAUUGACCGCACGCCAAAGUACCUGCUGCAGGAAAUCAUACUGGUGGAUGACCACAGCACGAAUAAUGACCUUGGAGAGCAGUUAGAGAAAUACAUAGAUGAGAUCCACAGUGAGAGGCCUGGACUCAUAAACAAAGUAAGGCACAAGCAACAAAUGGGUCUGUCUCAGUCCCGGAUCUCAGGCUGGGAGCAUGCCACAGCUGAUGUUGUGGCCAUUUUGGAUGCUCACAUUGAAGUUAUGGAAGGAUGGGCAGAACCUCUACUGGCGAGAAUCAAAGCGGACAGGACAGUGGUGGUGACUCCUGUGUUUGAUAAGAUCCAUUUCGAUGAUCUGCACGUGGAGCGUUACAUCCCGUCCGCUCAUGGAUUUGACUGGGCUUUGUGGUGCAUGUACGACGGCUUCAGACCAGAGUGGUUCAAGAUGAACGAUGAAUCGCAACCUGGGAAGAGUCCCUCUAUCAUGGGCAUCUUUGCAGCAGAUAGAGUCUUCCUUGGAGAGAUUGGCGGGCUUGAUGGUGGAAUGACAAUCUAUGGAGGAGAAAAUGUUGAAUUUGGAAUCCGUGUGUGGCUGUGCGGAGGGAGUGUAGAGGUGGUGCCUUGCUCCAAGGUGGCUCACAUCGAGAGGGCUCACAAACCCUACGCCCGUGACCUGAGCCCUUUCAUGAGGAGGAACGCCUUGAGAGUCGCAGAAGUCUGGAUGGAUGAGUACAAGAGGAACGUGAUGAUUGCCUGGAAUCUUCCCCUCCAGAAUCAUGGGAUAGAUAUCGGAGAUGUCUCGGAGAGGAAGGCGCUCAGAGAAAAGCUGAAAUGCAAACCUUUCAAGUGGUACCUGGACAAUGUGUACACGAAGCUCAACACAUGGGAUAACCUGCUGGGUUAUGGUGCGCUGCAGAACAGCCUCUUGAGGACUCACUGUGUGGACCAGGGAGCUAUUCCUGGAAGCAUCCCCAUCCUGUACGGCUGCCACUUCCAAGCACCACAGUACUCUUACUACAACACGGAGGGCGAGAUCAUAGUUGGGGUGAUUAAAUCUCACAAAUAUAACAGAAACCGCUGCCUGGUGGAUCCGGGCACCGGCAGCACUCCGACCCUGCAGCAGUGUGAGCUGGCGAAGCAAAGUGAACUGCACAUGCACUGGGACUUCCACCAAGGCCAAGAGAUAAGAAACAGAGCCACUAAGAGAUGUCUGGAGAUUGCCCAGGGACAAAACUUGUAUUAUGAGCUCAUUAUUCAGCAGUGCACGGGACAACACUGGACCAUUCAGCAUCUCAUCAAAACUUUUUAA